AUGUCCAAAGCUUCCGCUGAAAACAAUCAAAGAGACAGUGGUCCUUCUCAUUCCUCAGCAUUUGAUCCAUCUAGUUACCAUCCACUAAACAUGACUUAUGAAGCGCCAGAUAUGGGUGUCAACGUUCCACCAUGCGAUGCACCUGACUUUCAUGGUUCCUAUGAAGAGUGGCCUUCAUUUAGAGACAUGUUCAGUGCUGUUUACAUCAGCAAAAUAAGAAUGCCAGACGUACAAAAGUUAUUGUACUUAAGAAGAAAGGCAAAAGGUGAAGCAAGUUCUAUUCAACGAAACGAUUUUGUCGCACAAAAUCAACUGUGCAUUAACUGUUUAUCCCCAGUUCAUAAAGUUUCUGAGUGUACAAGUGUAAACAGAUGUGAUCAAUGUGGUAAUAAACAUCACAGCAUGUUACAUUUGAAUAAAAAUGAUAAUCAAAAUUCUCAAAAAAAGAUUACUAAGAAAAAUUCGUCGGUCGCUUUCCAUGCGGAUCCGAUAGAUAUAGAGAAUGAAGACGCAGAAGAAAGUACUGAGCUCUCACGAAAUCCAUGUUGUUACAAAUCAACUACACAAGCAACUAACACUCAGACCCACUUAACCGUUAAUCAGGAUGAUAUCUUACUUCCCACAGCGCUUGUUCAAAUUUUACACUGUGGUGAGCCAUUUACAGUCAGAGCACUGAUAGAUUCUGGUUCAAAAAGAUCAUUCCUGACUAGUAGAAUUUCAAAAAGGCUAAACCUGAUUACGGAAAAUGCAAAUUUCGAAAUCUGCGGAUUGGGUGGUACAGUAGUAGCUAAUGCUAAUAAAGUAAGUUCUAUUACUUUAUACAAUCAAAGGCAUGAAUUCAAGUUAACAACAAAAGUCAUAAUUGUUUCCAAUUUGACAAAUUUUAUGCCUAGCUGUUCAAUAGAAAUUUCUGAACUCUCCGACGUCAGAGACUUAUGCUUAGCUGAUCCGAAUUUCUUAGUAUCUGCUCAAAUAGACAUGCUGCUAGGAAGUGACAUAAUUCCUCACAUCAUACUUGAUGGACUAAGGAAAAACGUUUUGGGUAAUUUAAUUGCUCAGAAUUCUAUUUAUGGCUGGUACAUUUACGGUCCAAUGAAAUUGCACACAAUUUCACUUACGGCCAUAGACAACUUACAAAGCGAAAAUGAAAGUAUUAGCUCAAUAUUAAGAAAGUUCUGGGAAAUAGAGGAAAUUCCGCAAAUAGCUAAUCAAUCAGAAGCAGAUCUCAUUUGUGAAAAUCUAUAUAAAGAGACAACUUCUCGACAGUCCGAUGGUAGAUAUGUGGUUAAACUUCCGUUUAAAAAUGAAUUCCCAGAAUCUGAGUUUUUGCAAGCGUCUCGAUAUUUGGCAAAGAAGCAAUAUUUACAUAUUGAACAAAGGCUUGAAAAACAUGACACGCUUAUGCAAGUUUAUAAUGACAUCUUGAAUGAAUAUAUUUCUCUCGGUCACAUGAAGAAAUCAAAUUCUCAAGAAAUUUGUCAUAAUGGAAAGUUCUUUUCAUAUUAUUUGCCACAUCAUGCGGUUUUUAGACCUGAAAGUGCAUCAACAAAAGUUCGUAUCGUUUUCAACGGAUCACGAAAGACAAAAAGUUCAAGGUCAUUAAAUGACGUUCUCCACGUCGGACCAACCUUACAGGCAGAUUUAAUGACAGUCAUUCUAAAUUGGCGUUUAUAUAAGUAUGUCUUUAAUGGAGACAUUGAGAAAAUGUAUCGUCAAAUAUUAGUUCAUGAAUCUGAUCGUUCGUAUCAAAAAAUUUUGUUUCGAAAAAAUAUUUCAAGUCCAAUUGAAGAUUUUGAGUUGACAACGGUAACUUUCGGUAUAGCAUGUGCACCUUAUUUGGCAAUUAGGACCCUUCUACAAUUAGCAUCAGAUUCUGAAAAAGAUAGUCCUUUAUCUGCAAGAAUUUUGAGAAAAGAGACAUAUGUUGACGACAUAUUGUCCGGAGGCCAUUCAUUGUCAUCGGCAAUGGAAGCUCAAAAACAGCUGAUUGAUACUUUAAAAUCAGCAGGGUUCCCAUUAAAAAAGAUAACGGCAAAUCAUCCAGAUUUGUUGUCUCAGAUAUCAUCUGAUGAUUUAUUGAACACAGAAUUUUUGAAAUUCUAUGAUUCAAGUUCAACAAAAACUUUGGGAAUUUGUUGGAAUGCUAUAAGUGAUUCCUUCACUUAUAAAGUAGAACAAUUAAAUUCGACAUCAUCGGCAACAAAAAGGCAGAUUCUCUCUGCUGUUGCUAAACUUUUCGAUCCCGCAGGAUGGCUUACGCCUAUUACUAUUCAAGCCAAGAUUCUUUUACAAGAAUGA